AUCCAAAUCCUUCUCAACUCCUGCCACCAUGACUCGUUUCUUCUGCUGUGGAAGCUACUUCCCAGGCUACCCUGCCUAUGGAACCAACUUCCACAGGACCUUCAGAGCCACCCCCCUGAACUGUGUCGUGCCUCUGGGCUCUCCCCUGAACUAUGGUCUUGGAUGCAAUGGCUACAGCUCCCUGGGCUACAGCUUUGGUGGUAGCAACUUCAACGACUUGUGUGGUUGCUAUGGUGGCAGCUUUUACAGGCCAUGGGGCUCUGGCUCUGGCUUCGGCUACAGCACCUACUGAUGGACCAAUGGCUCCAGCGACUACAGGACUCCCAAUCAGUUCUCUGUGCACAGAACAACCUGAAGAGCAAUGAUUGUCUUCCUGCCUCCCAGUGUGCUUGGGUGACAUGUCUUCUGUCUUCUUGCUGACUUCUUGCUGUGGUCCUUGUCUUCCAUGAUUCUGGGCAAGUCACCUUGGACCAAAAUGCUGAACUGAUGAUAGCCAUCUACAGCCAAAGGAAGCAAGAUAUAUAUAUUUAUCAUCCCUGAAUCAUAGCAGUGAAGCAAGUUGUCUCCCAAGGUUGCUCUGCUCAUGUCUUAUUAACUUCUACCCAUCAUCAGUGUAUUAUGAAUUGGGCAUGGGGAGGAAGGGGUUUUACUGGUAGUCUCCUAAUAAAUUUAUUUCAUUCAGCAU